ACAUUUUAAGUAUCUCGACGUUUCAAUUCUUCAGUUUACUUCAGGUGUAACGGGGGUCUGUGGAGAGUUUAGGCUGCGCUAAUAUGGCCGACCUGUGCGGACGUGCUUGAAAUAGGCGAUGACGUAUCUAGUCUUCAUAUAUGAUGUCUGUGGUCACGUCUGUCUCUACCCGCCACUGGAAAUGCAUUGUGUGGUGUCGUGGGGAGGGACACUGAUUUGCCUCUCACAAGACAAGCGAAAUAGUCGCUAGAUUCGGCCAGAUUGAGCCUGAAAAGUCGCUAAGUCGCUAGAUGAUUUUUUUUGUCGCCAGAGGUGGCCAAAAGUCGCUAAAUCGGCAACACUGCUCUCUCCAUUUGCCAAAACGCUGCAGCCCGCCCCCCUUUCAGCACUGUCUGCUCAUUGGUUCACAGACUUAUUCUCCAGUUCACAACAACAUUACUAUUGGCUCACAGGCUUGGCUGUAGUCGCUGUCUGGAGGAGUCCUGUCACAGCGCUUUGUUGAGUUUAGCGAUUUCAUACAAAUAUCUCGAUAUUGCAAAAUUACUCAUCGUCAAAACAACAUUCACGAUAAUUUCGCAGACAAUAUAUAUCGCCCACCCUUAAUGGCCACUGCCCAGCUUCUUACUCUCAUGUUCACGCCACAAACCAUUUCAAUCUUACCCAUUUCAUUUUUAUUUUUUUAACCCACUCCAAUCACCUCCACUGACCACAGAUGUGCAUUGUCUCCCACAAAACAGGUCCUUCGUAGGACUGUCUUCAAGUCCUAACGCUUUGAAGAAGGUCACUCACCUUCGUGAGCUCAAGGCCCAGGUUGCCCUGUGCAACGGGCAAUUUUACGGCGCCUCACAGAACGACGCCCAGGAAUUCCUGAUGGCGCUCCUGCAGAACAUGCAGGAUGUUGGCCAGGACCUGGGCACUAUCAGCCCGUACAGGUGCCCAGUGGCGUCAAAGGUGUCCUUCUCCGUGUCCUAUGAAAGGACAUGCCAAAGCUGUGGAACGGGCACCUACAAACUGGAGCCAAGGAUCAUGCUGUCCCUGGACCUGAUUAAUCAGGGCUCCACAAUGCAGCAGUGCCUCCAGGCAUAUUUCAGUGAGUCAGCUGUGGAGUUCAACUGUGAGUGCUGUGAGGGAAAGAAAUCUACCAUGAAGUGGUCUUUCCACACACUUCCAAAAAUCCUGAUCGUGCAUGUAAACAGAGUGGGUACAGAUCUUUUCGUCGAAUGGAUUCUUGAGAGGGGACCAUUCGAACAAAACGUUGGACCAUUCGUAUAAGGCAGGGGAUCUUUCGUCGAGGACGUUCCGUCUACCGCAAAAGCCUACGAAAGGUCCUUAAAAUUAAACUAAAGAUCCUUAGGUUUCAACUAAACGUCCCUUCAGCCUGCCUAUAUUAGAAAUGUAAAUCAGCUUUUUUAAUGCUCAUUUUAAGGGUUUUGUUUAUUUAAAUAUGUAAAUCAGCUGUUAAGUUUUGUUUUUUGUUGAUUUAAACAUGUAAAUCUAUAAAUAAAAUGUACUUACUCAUUUUAACUGGUAGGGCUAUGUUGUUGG